AUGUCGCAGAUUGCAUGGGUCCAAGAACUGAUCCGAGAGUGGGAAGCCACAUUGGAUACUCAAAUUGCAGAGGAGAAGGAGAAAAAAAAGCAUGAAACUCUCGACAAAGAAAGAGACUGUGUUAGGAGAUUUCACAGUCAACUGGAUGCCAUAAAUAUUAGAAAGGAAAAUAAGGAACUAUCGAAACUUCGGCAAGAAAGACAAAAAAUUGCUACAAAAGAAGAAAGGCAGUUCGAAGAGAAGAUGGUGCUUGAUGAUAAGCAAGUUCUGAGAGAACAGCAGGAGCAAUCUCUUCGGAGAAAGGAACUCUGGCGCAGAGUGGGUGAAGAGAAUGAGGAGAUGGGGAAGGAGAAGAGACUGUUGCGAGAGAAGAAGAAGAUUCAGGCUGAGAAAGAGGAGAGAGCUGAACUUCGAGCCCUGGAUGAGUUGUAUGCACAGGAGCAGAAAGAUCAAGCUGAAAAAGAAGCUCAGUUAAAGGCAGCCAACCGUAAACGUCGUCUCAAUGAUAUAGCUGAGAAAAACUUUUAUAAACAACAAAGGGAGCAACAAUCCAUUUUGAAGGAUAGGAAGAUAGAACGUGACCGGUCUGAAACAGAAGAGCAAUGCUGGCAAAGAAAAGAGUACAUAGAUCCCCGGUUUGUGCAGAGGCAGUUUUGCAUGGAUAAGGUCAGAUGUAUGUUGGAAAAGGAAGGGAAAAAGAAGGAGGAAAGUCGGGCCAGGGAUGAAGAGAAAGUAUGUGAAGAGGCCAAAAAACAAGCAGCGGUGGAACAAAUACAGAAACAAAUACAGGGGGAGAAGAGAGACCAAAUGCUGCAAGCUGUUUCAGCUCACAAAGAAGCGCAGAUGCGUAAAAAGGUGCAGAAGCAGCUGGAGGAGAAGCAGAGAGAUCUUGAGCUGAUUGAGGCCCAGAAAGAGGACAACAGGUUGUACUUUGAAAGGGAAAGCCAGAAAGCUAAAUCUGCGAGGGCAAGAAACAUCAAAGUUUCUGAUGGUAAUGUCAAAUUACGCGCACAGAGACGUGCCAUUCAGGAACAGCAGAGAAAGGAGGCCAAGGAAGCUGAAAAAAGGCAAGCAAAAGCUUUAGCUGCUGAGGAGAAAGAGUUCAAAGAGUAUGCUGAGCGUGAAUUACAAAAGGCCCGAGCCUCUGGACGAAUUGUUCUCAACACAAAUAAAGCGCCUUCAAGGCUGGAGAACAAAUGUAAGGAUGAUCGGCCACAGAGCUUUCUCCCACCUAUCAACUCAUCGCCACCUCCUGCAUACAUACACUGCGAAUCUGCUGGAGCAAAGUGCAGAGAAGCUUUGCCGCCAGUUCUCCCACCUGUCGACUCAUCAGAACCUCCUUUCAGACACAUUGACAGACCUGCAGUUGCUGGUAAAGGGGAGCCCUUACUGAGGUAUCGUAGGCAGCCAGUUCUCCCACCUGUCGACUCAUCAGAACCUCCUUUCAGACACAUGGACGGACCUACAGCUGCUGAUACAGAGGAACCCUUCUUACUGAGGGGUCGUGCAAAUCCAGUUCUCCCACCUAUCAUCUCAUCAGAACCUCCUUUCAGACACAUUGACAGACCUGCAGUUGCUGGUAAAGGGGAGCCCUUACUGAGGUAUCGUAGGCAGCCAGUUCUCCCACCUGUCGACUCAUCGUCACCUCCUUUCAGACACGUGGUUGGACCUACAGCUGCUAAUACAAGGGAACCCUUACCGAGGUAUAGUACGCGGGAAACCCGUCGAAUCAGACGAAAACAGGAUAGCUGUGCUUUACCCGAAGAUGUCUCCAUAAGCUCUGCCCCAUACAGGGGGGGCUUUACGAAAUAUGAUGCUCCAAAAACCUGCAUCAUCAGGAAAAUGCAGUUGGCCAAAGACCUGAAGCCCAGUCCCCCACCCCAGCCCAAAAACAAAAGUAUUCAGACAAAGGAGGUACAUCCAUCCACAAUGAAUAUAACCAUUGGCUGA